AUUCAUUUAAAAAAUAAAUAAAUUUUUUAAUGAAAAAUACAAUAUUGAAACAACCCGGAAACCCCCAACGGUCCAGCCCGCAGGCUAUCGGAGGCUUCCCGCACCUUCCUGCUUCUUGCAUAUCCCUAAUGCCACUCAUCUCUUUUAAUGUUUCCCCUUCUUAUCUUCCUCUUUUCUCCAACUCCCAAAUCCCAAUGGAUACUCUCCUCAGAAUCCCAACCUUCCGAACUCCUCCACCACCUCAAAGCUCCAUUUUUCUGGACUUUCCGAGCUUCUUUUGCGUGUCUCUCAGACAGAGAAGCACCAAACCUUCCCGUAUUAUUAUAAACUCACUGCAUUUCUCUGGCCGAUUUUCCCAUAAAUCAGUGAGGUUCCUGCCCUUUGCUUCAAAUGGGGAAGCUACUGAGACUGACCAAGUUCGAGAAUCUGAUAUCGAGGACAAUUCAGAUGGUGCUGCUCAUGAAGAAGAUACUGCAAGUGACAGUAACAAUAAUGAUGCAGAGGGAUUACCUGCUUCAGUCAUCAUAGCUUCACUGCAAUCAUAUAAAGAAGCUUUGGCAAGUAAUAAUGAUUUCAAAAUUGCGGAGAUAGAAGCUUCCAUUAAAUCUGUUGAAGAUGAGAAAGUUGAUCUUGAAAGGAGAGUGGCUACUUUGUCUGAGGAGCUCUCAUUUGAGAAGGAUCGGAUUCUUAGGAUUAGUGCAGACUUUGACAAUUUCCGGAAAAGAACUGAAAGGGAAAGGCUUUCACUGGUAGAAAACGCACAGGGGGAAGUUGUGGAGAAUCUGUUGCCUGUUUUGGAUAACUUUGAGAGAGCUAAAGUGCAGAUGAAGGUUGGAACCGAGGGAGAGGAGAAGAUCAACAGCAGCUAUCAGAGCAUAUAUAAACAGUUUGUUGAGGUUCUAGACUCACUUGGUGUUGUUUCUGUGGAGACUAUUGGGAAUCCGUUUGAUCCACUGCUGCACGAAGCUAUUAUGCGUGAGGAGUCCACAGAAUUUGAAGAAGGAAUUGUCCUUGAUGAGUAUCGCAAGGGGUUUAAACUUGGUGACAGGCUGUUGCGUCCUUCAAUGGUGAAGGUGUCUGCUGGUCCAGGGCCUGCAAAGCCAGAACCAGUUAGCCCAUUGGAGGAGGCAGAGGGUGGGAGUGAAGUUCGUGAACAGAAGGAUGGUAGUGAAGUCACUGAGCAGAAGAGCACUGAAGCAGGGGCUUGAGUUUCUUUCAUUUACGCUGUUUUUGUUAGGGCAGCCACUACUUGUAUGUUACCGUUUUGUCGGGAUGGCAAAUUUUGGUGCCAUUUGAUUCCUGCAGUUGUAAUGCUCGAGUUUGUAACAGUGGCAAGGCUCUCUCUCUCUCUCUCUCUCUCUCUCUCUCUCUCUCUCUCAUUGUAAUUUUGUGGGGGUGAAUCCGCUGUGUUUUGCAGAGGAUGAGAAACCAUGUCAUUGCAUUUUUGCGCUUCCUCAUGCAUUUGCUUCAGUUGUGUUGGUUUA